CUGCAACUGCAACGAGUACUUUAAACUUAGCAGAGAGGAAAUGACACGCAUGAUGAAAGAGAGAGGUCUUCUUCAGAACAUCGUGUCCAAGCGGGAUGACUGUGUCUCAAAGGGCGAGACGCAGGCGGAGUACAGCAGCUGGAGGCCCCCCGAGGGCCCCCAGUUCACCCCUCACUGCCGCUGGGCCCCUCGAUCAGACCUGGACCCCCAGACCUUCAGGUUCCCCAGUGGAGCAGAGGUGCAGCUCGAGACUGUCCCGCCAGGCCUCCUGCCCCGCAUCCCCAUUUACUUCAUCUGCACCGGCUGUGGGAAGGUCUUCUGGGAAGGCACUCAUUUUGACCGAGUGCUGUCGCAGUUCCAGGAGGUCCUGCAUGUCUGAAUCCUGGGAUCACAGGUGUCCAGCUCUUUCACAAGUCUUCUUGUAGUCUUUUUUAGUUUAUUUGCUGCACUGUGCCAUUAUAGCUGUGCAAAAGCUGCAAUUAAACCGUUUCAUUUUGUGGUUUGCACUGAAAAGUCGGUCGAGUUGUUAUCAAGUAUGUGGUGUAAAUUUGUUUUACACAAUAUAAUAUUAUACUUUAUAUUUUACAACAGGAUGAUUUUAUGUUUAUUUUUUUAUGUGCAAAUAUCCUGUUUAGGCCUUUUUUGGAGGUGUAAGGUAAGUUUGUUUUACACAGUAUAAUCUACUUGAUGCUUAAAACAGGAUUUACAGAAUGAUUUUUUUUGCACAAAAAUCCUGUUAAGCCGUUUUUAUUUUUGGAAGAAUAUGCUCUACAUUUGAUUAACACUAUAUAAUCAUAUAGUUUAAAUAAGACUUUCAUUGAAUUGAGCCUACAAAAAUGACACAAGAUGAUUUAAUUCACUUUUUUUUAUUUAAAAUUUUUUUAUCAGCAUAUUUGACUUUUAAUUCUAUACUUAAUGUCAUAAAACGUUUAAAGAAUGUUUGAUUUUCAUAACAUGUUAAGCUCAGAAACAAUAAUAAGACAAAUCAGUUAUUCAUGUUCAUAACUCUGGUUUACAGUAAAACUGAAUGUUUUACACCUUAUAAAAAUAUAUUGUACAUAAAAUGUUA